AUGGAGCAGGGGUUCCCGAUAUGCAGUCGUGACAGAUGGACAACUCGAGACAAAGAAAUGGCCAAGAACCCCGUGGAGCAAUCUGCCUAUUCAAGGUGUGGGCGGGCCGAGUAA